AAGUUCUUGCGUUAUCAUCGUUCGCACAUUUAAAAAACACUGAUGGGAGGGAUAUGAAGUUAGGGCAAAUUACACAUGAUGACAUACCGAAAACAGGCUACUGUUCAAUAUAAUCCUUUUCCGUUGGCAUUCCUCUCAGUUUUGAAGGUGCUACUGUAGGCUGCUUAAAUAGAUAGCAUACUGCACAAUCCAAUGUGUUAUUGAGCUGUAAGCUAAACUAAAUUACUGAACUGUGAUGAAACACACUGUUUUAAACCAUCCUGAACAUUCCAGGAGUGAUGCUGACCUAGAAUUGAUGUUUGGGACUUCUCUACAUCAUGAAAUGGGCGGCCCAUCUCCCCUCCCAUGAGUCAUCCACUAUCUCCUUCCCCUCUGUCUCUCUCUCGCCCUCCCCCUUUGUAUCUCUCAGCCUCCAUCCCCUCCCCCUUCCUGAUUUUCACUGAAUUCACGAGCGGAGAUGCUCGCCACUGAUCCUCCUUCGUGCAUCAGGCGCAGGCACGCAGACAGGAACGCUCUCCUGCCGUCUCUUUCUCGGAUCAGUGGAUUACUGACAGCGCUAGGCGUGCCACCAGCUUUGGGUUGAUGGACGUGGGCUCUCAGAUCUCUCUUCUACCAUCACUUCCUCUUCUUAUUUCUUAAAUUCUUGCCAUUUUAGGGGGAGUUUUUUCAUGUUUUGAGGACAGUUAAAUCAGAUCAAUCAAGAUUUUUUUUUUUUGCAAUGUGGUCAAAAGACUGACUUGCCAACUGCUCAGUCACUCUCUUCUCUCCAAGUCCACUUUCACUUCUGUUGUGGUUGUUGGUAGCGCCAGCAUGAUUUUCUCUAUGGCUGCUUUUCUGGGUGCCACCCUGGGGACGGCUUCGGGGAUCCUCACCCUCUGUGGGCUCUCGCUCCUCUGCAAGUCCUGCAAGAAGGGGAAACUGGAGAGUGCAGAUGGUGCUGACCCUGAAAAGGCCAAACCCAGUGUUCUGCACUCCCUACAGCAGUUCAGAGUGGAAAAAUCCACAGAACCGAUUCAGCCGAGAACCCUGCUGAAUUUCCCAAACAUCUUCAAACCUAAGCCAUCAGUGACAUCUCCUGAAGUCAUUAACUGUGCUGACCCUGGAAAAACAAACGCAACGCCACCGAAGGAAACUGCCAAAGAGUCUGACUCUUGUAACCAAGCAACGGGUGGACCAGAGGAAGUCUUUGCCAUCCCCAGAGAGGAUUCCACAGAUGACACACCCUGUGACACUGAGCUGACCAAUGGGAUGACAACAAGUAGCUCUAGCAUCCAUCCAAAGCUACACUUUUCUCUCACCUAUAACAUGCAACACAAAGAACUGCAUGUCACAGUCAUAGAAGCGGAGCAUGUGACUGCGGAGGCAGGGUGUGAGGGCUACAUCUCAGGCCUGCUGACCACGGACGGGAGGGAGAGGCAGGCUCAGACCUCCGUGCGCCGCCUCACAGGUCACGUUCAGUGGGGAGAGGACCUGGUCUUCCCCCUGCCGGAUGGGUACAAGAUGGAGGGCGAGGUGGCCCUGUCACUCCACAGCUGUGACCGCUUCUCCCGCAACACCAACCUGGGUGCCAUGAGGUUCAAACUGGCGGACGUGGGCAUGAUGUCAGACGCAGACUGUUGGGUUGACCUUCAACCUCCAAAGCAGCCGCAGGUGACCUCAUCUGCUGGUGAAAUUCUUCUGUCAAUCAGCUACCUGCCUGCUGCUAACAGGCUGGGUGUUGUGGUCAUGAAGGCGAAGGGGCUUCAAUCUGACAGACUGAAAAACACCAUAGACCUCUCUGUGAAGCUCGCCCUGAAGCACCAGUCCACCAAGCUGAAGAAGAAGCAGACACGGCGAGUCAAGCACAAGAUCAACCCUGUCUGGAAUGAGAUGAUGAUGCUGGAGGUUCCCCGUGAGAUGUUGUCCAAGUCCAGUUUGGACCUGGAGGUGCUGAACCAGGCUGGGCCGGGGAAACUGGAGCCCCUUGGGCACUGCCAGCUGGGUCUUCAGGCUUCUGGUACGGGCCUUCAGCACUGGCAAGAGAUGUUAGACAACCCCCGCAAGCAGAUCGCUAUGUGGCAUCCUCUCUUUGCCUGAGGCCUUCCCUCACACUCUCCCAACCCAUCCGUCCUAAUGUGUCUGCUGAGCCACACACUUACAGGCCUGAGUAAGCUCAUGUGUUCCCUUGGUUUGUGUUUGUGGGUCUCUUUCACUUGGGUUCUCAUUUUUGCACACAUGGAUCAAGUAUGGACCCGAGUAUACACACUGAUACCUGAUUCAGGGUGUCAUAUUUUUGUGACAUUUGCUCUGUGUUUUUAUUCCACAUGAGAUUCUUUCUGAUCAUCACUCUCAGAGAUAACUGGUCAUCUCGGCUAGUGAUUAGUUGGGAGGCAAAAGUAAGUCAUGGCUACACAAUCCUGCUUUGAGUGUAGAGAACUGACAACGGUCCUUAUGUCAGUGUUAUGUCAGUUAUUUUCCACAAACUUUAUUUUAUCUGAGCAGUAUCAAUCAUGUUUUGAUUUGGCAUUUCGAUCAUAGGUGUUAUAAAACCUAUUAAGCUACUGUAGAUAUGGCUGUUCAAUCCAUUUAAAAAAGGUUGUCAGAAAACAAAUACUUCCAGUUUCAGUGAUUAAAACUGAAGAACUAAAGAUAAUUUAUGAUAUAUAACGUUCUGACAAAGACCAAAUUAGCCUCUAGAAACGAAGACCAGUUUAGACCCUAGAAACAGGUUACACUAGGUGGUAUAAUGAAGAGAUGGCUGAUAUCUUAUUCUUCUCCAGCCAUCAAUCCUCUUCAAGGUAAAGUGCUUGCUUGGGCAUCUGCCAAGCAAUUGCACAAAUGCUUUACACCAAGAUCAAUCCUAGCCUCCUGGCAUUAGAAAAUCACUACCCAUUGUCAAAUCUGUCAACUUGGACACAAAUCACAUACAACACAAUGUUUUGUGUUGAACUCAGAUACUCUCAAUAACAAGAGCAGUUUUGUAAGGUACAUUUCACAACGUAUGAACAAGGUAACCACACCCGGUCUUCUGUGGCUCCCAACUUACUUACGUACGUAUUUAUCAUUUAGCAAACAGUACAAGAGUUUUGGAUAAUAAAUGGUGGUCAGUCAAGUCCAAAAGACUUUCUUGUCUAAACAGUCUGGUCUGUAGGUGCCUGUGACUCCAGGAUUAGUUCUGUAAACAGCAAGUUGCCUGAGUUUUCUUGAAUAUUCCCUACCAAGGGUUCCUCUUCUAUAGAAUGGACUAGCUGGUUUCCUCUACACACUCCAGUGAUGUAAAAAGUAAAAAGCCCCAUCAGAUUCACCCGGCAUACUAAAGCAACCAUGCUGAACACCAGAGGACAUCAGAUUUCAAUUGUUUACAGUCAAAGAUUUACACUUGCUCAAUGUGUGUUCAGCUUCCUCUUAACUCUUCGUGAUGUGAUGUGUCCACAUGCCCUUAUUGAACACAUACAGAGAGCCAAUUAGCUGUAUUUCGGCAUGAUAUGUCAAUGCACUAUUUAGCCAGCUUCAAGGGCCUAAAAGUUAUGAUGUGUUCUAGUGCUUUUUAUGUUGUGUACAUAAUAAAAGCGACAUUGUUGAGUGAGGAACACACUUCAGGGUAUUGCUUGGGCUUUUAAGACAAAUCAUGGGGUUGUCACGUCAGUGUCUAAACCUUACUUACCAAACCUUCCCAGAGAUUAAUUGUGUUUCCUCAAAGUCAUUUUUUAUGUUCUCUGGCUACUGUUCAAUCAGAAUGUGAUGUGAAGUGUAAAUGAGACACUGCUCUAGUGUGUCUGGGCACGGCUCAGCAGAAGUGCCUGCUGGUUUAGCCCAAGCUGCUUAAACAAUCCUGUUACGCUCUGUACUGCGCUUGAAGGCAACAUUUACAAUCUCUUUCUAAGAAGAUAUCUUACCAACAAGUGUUAUUCAGCCUUUUGUUGAAGGCUUUGAUGCCAGUAUGUGAAAAGGUUGAAUAAUUUCUCACAGGAGUAAUUUUAUAAUGUACUGUUUGACACUUUAAAAUAUAGUAGCAAUAUGUGUAGAGGCAGCAGUGUUCUUAUUUUUCCUAAUCUCACAGUAGUAGUUUAGGGGCUUAUAUGUGCCACAAUAUAAUAAAAUCAUAUCAGCUAUAUGUA